UUACGUUAAAGCACUAUCUCUGUGUGUUUAAUGUGGUGGCUUGGCAUUUUGUCUGUCCCCAUGAAUAAAAAUAAUGAUGUCCUUUUUCCUGUAGCUACGGUAUUUGUUAGAUAAAAUGCGUCUCUUUAAAACCGUCGCACAUGUCUACGAUUAACACAGUAAAUACUGUUUUAAAUCAACUAUACGCGCCGUUAAAUUGUUUCAAAAUGUUUUUAAUAUUACACAAUAAUAAUGUAUUCGAUCUGUGUAAACCAGGUGGCAGUGUAGUUUUAUCAUCCGGUGGUACAGUAUAGAUACAGUUGCAUUUGAAAAGCAUUUAAAAAAUGGCGGCCUCCAUGAUGAAGGUUGCAGGUAUUUGCUGUUGUAUUUUACAAUAUUGUCUGAAGAAGAUCUUAGAAACGAGCUCUAAGGAGAGGAAAUGAUAAGUGAACGUUCCUAAUUUGCGUUUAAUAAUAAUAAAUACAGUGAACACCCAUAAACACAGUCACUGGUUAUAUUUGGUUGUUUACUGUUCACAUAGAUUUACAUCCCUGCAUGCAGGCUGUUUUUAUGUGCUUGUUUUAUAACCGCCUGUUCUUGUGGCUGAUCUCUGCUGUACCAUUGAAUGUAGGCGACUGCACAAAGCGAUACAAAAACUUAAGUCAUGAAAUGUUUUAUGAAAUACAAUACAGGUAUCAGUCCAGAGGGAAAGAUAAUUUGGAAUUCUAUGCAGAACAGAAACCACCACACAGCUGUAAUUAACAAAGCCCCUUUUUGCAGCUGCAGGUGUUGUCGGGCAUUUUGGUCAUGCAGUACCCGCAGUCAGGAGGUUAUCCUUGUCAAAGCCCCUUGCCCAAGUGGUACCAGGUCCCAUGUGGAAGCUGAGUCGGCUGAAUCACAUUGCCAUUGCGGUGCCAGCUUUGUACCGCGAUGUACUGGGAGCCCGUGUGAGCGACACCGUGCCUCUGCCGGAGCAUGAUGUCUACACUGUCUUUGUGGAGCUGGGCAACACCAAACUGGAGCUGCUGUACCCCCUGGGAGAAAAGAGCCCCAUUUCAGGUUUCCUGCAGAAGAACAAAGCUGGCGGGAUGCAUCACAUCUGCAUUGAGGUGGAUGACAUAAAGGCAGCUAUAACAGACUUAAAAGCCAAGAAGAUUCAAACCCUUUCAGAAGAACCUCGCAUUGGAGCACAUGGCAAACCAGUGAUGUUCCUUCACUCUAAAGACUGUGAUGGUGUUCUUGUGGAGCUUGAAGAAGCGUGAAGCAGCAGAGUCAAUGAGACAAAGCCCCGUUCUGCUACAGCCCCACGACAUCCAUUCCUACAGAAAACUAACAAAGAAAUACUAAUUAUAUAGAAUGGUUUUAUACAGUAUUUUCUUUUUCCAAACAGUGUUCUACAG